GCACGCAAGGCUGCAUUCAUCCAACCUCAGCUCACUCCACAGUCUUGGAUGAUGGAUGUUGAUCUUUGAAGUAUAAGCUCUUCACUCGCUUUACCUACCAGAGCUCAUGGAACCCACGAGCCUGAAAAUCGAACACCAGUCUUGAACUCAUAUUUCGGACGCCAAUUUUUUUUUCUUUUAAAUUUAGAUCAUGUGCUUCCGGCUUGAUCGAUCUCUGCGAGAAAAAUCGUGGCGAGCAUGAACGUGACCAGAAGCGUUUCUGUUCCAUCCAUCACAGAGGACGAUCUUAGGGCGUUUCACGCAAGGCACUUUCCGGGAACUGCGUUGCCGCAGCAAUUCUUCAUCGGCUACCAGACUGAGGAAGGCGCGAACGGAGACGAAGUAGACGACGACGAAGAUGGUGGCGGCGAGGAGGACAGUGACGGACUGGGCUACUAUCCCGAUGGCGUUAAGCGAACCCUGACGGACGCGCAAAUCGCCAUCUUCCGGCACAGCGAGCUCCAGCGCAUCCUGUGGCUGGAGGCUGGAGAAUACGCGGGCCCAAUCUUCCCAACGCGUCUCGGCUCGAUGCCCCAGGGCCGCGUUCAGAGCGAGAGAUCCCAGCAGGCGGCCAAGGGUGCCGCCAGCAAGGCCGCAGCGCUGGCGGGCAAUGUGCUGUCCGCGGGCCCGCCGGUGGGCCGGUCGGAAGAAUCGACAGACGACUCGCCGGUGGCGUCGACGCCAUCUGCUGGCGCCGCUGCUGCAACGAGCAAGAAGAAAAAUAAGAAGCCCAAGAAGAAGCCGAAGAAGGCGACUGCGGGACGCGUGGAACGCCUCGGGCCCCACGCGGACGCGAAGGGCCCGGCGCAGUGCGAAACGGAGCCCAAACGGAGGAGACUUUCGAGCUCGGAGGAGGAGACUUUGGCCGCGCACGAUGGCGCGAAGAAGGCGAGGCUCGGUGGUCCGGCUAGGGCCACGCUCAGCUUCGACAAGAGGCACGAUCCGAACGACUUCAGGGAGGAUGGCGAGCUGUUCACGUACCGAAGACUGGCAAGGGACGAGGAUGACGCGCCCAACGUGUCAGUGGAUCUUGAUUAUUAGCUCUGAUGUCGAAGAAGGAAAAAGAAAUAAAGGGAAGCAAAGAGAAGCUCAGAUCAAAGAUCCCGUUUCCUUUUUGUCAUUUUUUUUGCUCUUGGAAUGAACCUAGCCAUGGUAUCAACUACAGGAUAAGAGCAGCCAAAUGCUCUUUUCUCCGCCUGAAUACUAAACAAAACUCGGGAUCACCC